UGACAUUACCGUAAAUCCCUCUGGAUUCCAUCGCCAACAUGGGUAGACAUGCUAAUCCAGACAUAAGGCGUGCGUUCCAGGAAUUCACCGACGAGACCACCCCCUCCAAAUGUGCUAAAGUCCGCUGCCUCCACUGCGGCUUCACCCGCGCCAAAAACACGACGCGCCAGAUUGAACACCUGCAGAGCUGCCAGGCCUACCUUCAGUCGCCCGACGCCAGCGCGCAUUUGCAGCAAACGCCUCAAAAUGUCGCCGGUACUGUCGACCCGGCGUCCAUGGCCCAGGACGCGACGCCCUCGCGUGGCAUCCUAAAUGGCACCCACCCAAACCCCAACCUACAAGUCCACCGUCGCGGACCCAACACCAACAAGCGCACCCGUGAUGGUCAGCUCAUUGCGCCGCACCCGGGCCCGCCGCCCCAGCCCCAUCCUUCGCUCGCUGCACACCUGCUCGCGCGCUUCAGCAGCCCUUUCGCCCAGGCUACCCAGCAGCCCUUCCUGUCGCACGCAGGUUGCGGUACUCUGAGCGCGUCGGCUUUGAGCCAGUGGCUCAUCCAAGACGCCCACUAUGCGCGGGGCUACAUUAGAUUCAUCGGCAACAUACUUUCCAAGAUCCGCCUGCCCGUUGUGCCUAACAGCCAGUUCCACCAGACGUACCGCAUCAUGGAUCUGCUGAUCAGCGCGCUGAACAAUAUCAGGAGAGAGAUGACCUUCUUCGAGAUCACGGCUACAAAGUUUGGACUCCAGAUGACGGACGAGCCGCCGAACCAGAUCACGCGAGCAUACUUGGACCUUUUCGUCAGUUCCACGAGCUCUGGCGCGAGCCUGCUGGAAGGCAUGGUCGUGCUCUGGGCGACUGAGCACUGCUACCGCGCAGCGUGGCAGUAUGCUGCCUCUUUCACGCCGACGCUCUCUACUCCCAGCACCGACGCCCACAUUGUCGCCCUGCACCAGCAGCUCAUCCCGAACUGGACUUCGCCGCCCUUCUCCAAAUUCGUUGACGCGUGCCGCGUGCUCGUCGACGAGCUCGCCAACACGACGACGUCGCCCAACGGCAAGGAAGAGAUGCAGCGCUGCGAGCAGCUCUUCGAGCACGUUUGCUGGCUCGAGGAGCGUUUCUGGCCCGACGUCGACGGCAUGGGCGAGGAAGACGAGACGGCGCGCCUGGCCAACGCUCCUGGAGGGCACUCCAUGAGCAUGAGCGCUGGUCCAGGAGGCCCCUUCUCGACGCCCAACCCCAGCACCGCUGCCCACACCAACCCGCAGUAUGGUGCCAACGGCGUCGGCGUGCCGGGCCCGAGCCAACAAUCACCGAACCUUGGCGGCUUGGACACGCCGACCCGCGAGUCGCCGGCCGCCAGCUUCAGCGUUGGUGGCGCGCUCAACGGCAUCGCGGAGGCUGCAGCGGCCAAUGCGAGCGGGGCCGGGGGCGCGGGGUCGUGA